AUUUGAUAAAUGGAAUGCUUCGAAGUAUUCAAGAAGUUGAUGUUGGUAUUAAAUUUAAAAAUCAACAAAACAUGGUUGAUUUCACUAAAAAUGGUUCAUCUAGGGUGGAGAAAAAUCAAUUAUUCAGAAAAUAUUACAUUGACAAGCUUCUACGGCAAUUAAAAUCUAAAGUAGACGUAUUAGUCAAAUAUCUUCGAUAUAAAAAGUAUACAAAAUAUGAGAAAAAGUAUAGUCGGGUAUUUUUAACAAAAACCAGCCAUUGUAAAAAAGAUUUCAAAUCCAAAUCAAAAACUAAAAUUGUUGAGAAGAAACUUGAAGAAAUGAAAGAUUCAGAGACAGAAGAUUCAAUGAAAUGGCAUGAAAAUGUACAAAAAAUGAUUUUUGAAAUGUGUGAAUUACCUUUGUUAUCACCAAUGUCAUCUGAGGAUAAAAAUGAAGAAGUUGUAUUCAACGACGCGUCCACACAAACUGAUGCACUGUUAGAAAUAGAUAAAAAUCAUACAUCAAAACAAAAACCCAAAAAUGAAAUUAAAUGCACACAAACUGAACGUAAUUUAUAUUCACGCGAUAAAUUAGUACAAACCACAACGUUCAAUAAAACAAUUGGCACGAAUACUCAACCGGCAGAUUCGGCACUGUUAGAAAUAGAUAAAAAUCAUGCAUCAAAACAAAAACAAAAAAAUGAAAUGAAAUGCACACAAACUGAACGUAAUUUAUAUUUACGCGAUAAAUUAGUACAAACCACAACGUUCAAUAAAACAAUUGGGACGAAUACUCCACCGACAGGUUCGACAGCUCAAAAUGAUAUAGGAACUCAAACAAUUAAUCCUAAAAUUAUUGUGUACAAAGAAAUUGGUAUCAAUACUAAUAACGAAACAACGCAUCAGAAAUCUAAGAAACAAACAAAUAUUUUAUUACAAACUAGUCAAAUAUUAUUAAAACGACAAAAAAUGUUCGAUAUGAAAUUAGCGAUGAUGCGAAAAAAAUUAGCCCGAAAUAAAGUGCAAAAAUCAAUACCGUCGAAUACCUCUUCAUGUAAUAAUAGUGAAUCUGGUUAUUUAUCACAAAAUUGUUGUAGGCAUCGAUUAAACCAUCACGAGCCAUCGCCUUGUGGAAGAUUUUCUCCAUAUCCAGGAUAUUUUGGUACCUUUGUACCAAAUUUCUUCCCUCAUGUUGAUAAUCAGCGUUAUCAGUGUUGUAAUCGAAUUGUGGAUGUUGUGAAUUGUGGGAAUUGUUUAACGAAUUCUCAUGAAUUUAAUCGUAAACAAUCGGCGCCAAAAUCUACGAAGAAAUUUCAAGAAGCGAAUAAAAAGUUUAAUUAUUCUAGUAAGAAUUGUAAGCGAAUUUCGACUCCUCUGAGACGUUCAAAACGGUCACCUACACCUUCUAGUUGUUGUAGUUCAAAAUCAUCUAGGUCUAUUCGAACAUAUAGUACGAGUAGUGAAUCUUCGAGAGAAGAAACAACGAAAGUACUUAGUAAACGAUUAAUGUUGAAAAUGAAAAACUGUUUUGGAUCUGAUACCGAGAAUUCUAUCUCAGAGAAAUCUAAAAAUAUAAUAUUAGAACGAAGAAAAACUGGGAAUAAUAUUCAAACAUUGCAACAAAGUUCGAAAAUUCCAACAAAGAAAAACAUUUUAAAGCGUAAAGAUUUGGUAAAAUCGAAAAAACUUUUAAUGGAAAAAGACGAGUUGCAAUUAAAUAAUGAUAUCUUUGGAAAUUCUAGUCAAGUUGUAGAACAAAACAUAGAAAUUCAUGAAAGUUUAGAAAAUGUAAAAAACUCAAAAGAAGUUGAAUCUACAUUAAAUCUAGGUGUAAGUGAAAAUGAAAAUUCAAAUGAUGAGCUAGAAGACGGAAAUUUAUCCGAUACUUCUAGAAAUUUUGUUGGGUUUAGUGCAAAUGAAUUAAUAACAUUAAAGAAAAAGUUACCGCGACUCAAGCAUCGAAAAAUAUAA